UUUAUUUAAAGGUGACUUUCACUGUACAUAUAUAUUGACUACAGCCAUCGAAGAUAUUUUAUUGAAUUUACACAUUGUGGGAGUUUUUACUGUAUAUAUAAAUGUUGUAUUAAUAUAGUACCCAUGCAUAUUGAUGAAUACGAGGCAUUAUUGAGCACUAUUGUGAAACAUUUGGAAAUAAGACUGCAAGUGCUUGCUGCAGAUUGGAAUUUGUUUUAAAAAGGCUGAGGUACUAGAGAAUUGUGAUGCGUUUAUUUAGAUUCAUACUUACAACAUACUUUUUGGUGGUUUUCCUAUCGUCAACAUGUGCAAAAAAUAGAGGUAAAUUCAAAAGUAAAAAAAAUACAUGGCGAUUAAGGCUUCUGCGUAAGCUCUAUGGAGAGUUAAAUCCUAAUGUUAAACUUUUGAAGUUAAGUGACAGGCACCAAAAUCUCUAUUUACCUGAAGAUUCCAAAGGUCGGAUAAACGUGGAAGAUCCUGUCCGGAAACACAUACCUGUGAUACAAUGUGAAGAAAAUAGUUCAGAUUUGAUAGCAUGCCCUUCUCCCAACUCGAAAGGCGUCUUUUAUUGUAUCAGUGAGGAGUUAUUGUGCGAUAAAGUAAUGAACUGUCCUAAUGGUGAAGACGAAGACUUAGUGUCGUGUAUGUUCCAUAAAUGGGCGAACACGUUCUUCACUUCUUUGUCACAUUCUUUAGCGGAUAUGAAAGCGCGUGUAAUGAACUUGGAAGAGUCGAUAGGGAAAUGACAAAUUUACAAUAAUCGAAAAAACGAAAUUUUAGUCUCAAGAAGAAACGUGUGAGAUUAUGCAGACAUCCAUGCAAGAAAUCGAGGGGAAUAUCAGAACUAUGACUGUCUACCUUUCAUAUGUUCUAUAGUUAUGUUUGAUGGUGCUUCACUCAUUGGCUUAAAUUUAUCGUUUGUAGAAAGUAAAAUGAAGAAAGAAUUUCUGUAAUUCAUGCUGAGUAUUUUAUCUUUGAGAGGCAUGUUAGAAAGCAUAUUUUUACAUUUCAAAUAUACAGUCAUGUAACUUUUU